AUGGGAUGCAUUAACAUGUGGUUGAGAUCAUUACCAUCUUCUUCUACUACUACUUCUUCUUCUUCUGUUGCUGCUGCAGAUACUGAUAUCACCCCUCUUCAAGAAAAGUAUGAUGUGUUUAUUAGUUUCAGAGGUGAGGACACCCGCCGUACAUUUACCAGCCAUCUCUAUGAUGCUUUAUGUCUGAAGAAAAUCGAAACCUACAUAGAUUACAGGCUCGUGAGAGGAGGUGAAAUUGCUCCUGCCCUUCUCGAAGCAAUCCAGAGAUCAGCAAUUUCGGUAAUCAUUUUCUCAAAAAACUAUGCUUCUUCCACUUGGUGUCUAGAUGAACUUGUGCAUAUACUAGAAUGCAAGGAAAAAAAUGGCCAGGUUGUUAUACCCAUUUUUUACGACAUCGUGCCAUCAGAUGUACGGAAACAACAGGGGAGUUAUGCACUUGCAUUUCGUCAACUUGAAAAAUGUUUCAGGGACUCUAUCAACAAGGUGCACAAGUGGAGGGCUGCUUUGACACAAGCAGCCAAUCUAUCUGGUUUUGAUGAUUCUGAAAAAACAGAGGAGAAAUCAGAACAAAUGGAUGGACUGAAUCAGUUGCGAAAUAAACUUCUUGGUGAGAUAUUAAAGGAAAAAAAUCUAAAUAUCGACACUCCGUCUAUACCACCUAAUAUUCUAAUUAGGCUCAGGCGUACGAAGGCGCUCAUUGUUCUUGAUGAUGUGAAUGCUGCAAGCCAACUAGAAGUUCUUGUUGGUUAUCAUGAUCAGUUUUGCCAAGGAAGUCGAAUCAUUAUAACAGCAAGAGAUAAAGGCCUACUUGAGCAAAAAGUUGACCAUGAUAAGAUAUACAAGGUCGAGGGAUUAAGUUCAGAUGAAGCUCUUCAGCUCUUUCAUUCGCAUGCUUUCAGAAAUAAGUCUCCAACAACAGAUUAUAGUGAGUUGUCAAGAAAGGUGGUGCAUUAUAUUAAGGGCAUUCCAUUAGCUCUUAAAGUUAUGGGGUCCUCAUUCCUUCCUUUCAAGAGUAAACAAGAGUGGGAAGAUCAACUGAACAAAUUGAAACGGUUUCCAAUCGAAGAAAUCAAGAGAGUGUUGAGAGUAAGUUACGAUGGAUUAGAAGAAAAUGAGAAGGAGAUAUUUCUUGAUAUAGCAUGUUUUCAUAAAGACCGUAAAAGGAAAUAUGCAAAAGAGUUAUUAGAUAGUCGUGGUUUCUGUGGGGAAGUCGGAAUCAAAGUUCUCAUUGAUAGGUCUCUCAUAUCAAUUUCAGAAUGGAACUGCAUAGAGAUGCAUGAUUUGCUGCAAGAAAUGGGUAGGGCAAUUGCUUGCGGACAAUGUUAUGAAGAAAGUAGUAGGUUGUUCAUUGCAGAGGAUGUCUAUCAAGUAUUGACAAAUAACCAGAGAGCUACAUCUGUUCAAGCCAUAUCCUUUGACUGGUCUAAGAUUGAAAAGCUAAACUUGAAUCAAGCGAACUUCAAAAAGAUGUAUCAACUGCGAUGGCUACGUGUUGGUUAUCUUCCGUUGAGCUUUCCAAGUUCCGGUCAAUCUAGGUUUCUCGAGAAAUGCACAUUAAUUGUUUCUCUUGAUUUGCCCAAUUCUCUUAGAUAUCUUGACUGGGAGGGAUAUCCUUUGAAAUGUUUGCCAUCAAGAUUUUCUCCGGUAAAUCUUGUUGAGCUUCAUUUGCCGUUCAGCCAAGUUGGGCCACAACUUUGGAAUGAAGACCAGAAUCUUAUCAACUUAAAAGUGAUCAGUCUUCAACACUCCAAACAUCUGAUUGAAGUUCCAAAUCUCUCUCGGAGUCUAAAAAUUGAGCAUAUAAAUCUUUUUGGCUGUGAAAGUUUGGUUGAAAUUCCUUCGUAUUUUCAAUAUCUUGAGAAGCUUACUUAUCUUGGACUUGGAUACUGCAAAAAUCUCAAAUAUCUUCCGGAGAUGCCAUGCAAUGUUAAGUUCUUAGAUUUAUCUCAUACAGCAAUAAAGGAAUUGCCUUCAUCAGUUUGGUCCCACGAAAAAAUUACUGACUUUGAUGUUACAAAUUGUAAAGACCUUAAGAGUCUUCCAAGAAGCAGUUGUAAGCUGAAUGUCUCGGGUACUUUUAGUCUACGUGGCUGCGAAUCUCUUUGCGAGUUUUCGGAGCUUCCCAGAAAUACAGUAGUGUUAGAUUUGAGGGGGACAGCAAUAAAAGAAUUGCCCUCAUCAAUCGAGUUUGUCUUUGGUCUCACUACAAUUAAACUGUACUCUUGCAAAAGCCUUAUGAGUCUCCCAAAGAACAUUUGGAAUCUGAAACGCCUUGAUCUCAGACGUUGCUCUAACUUUCAAUACUUGCCAAAAAUCUCAGAGCGUACGGAACAUCUGGAGUUUCUAAAUUUAUCAAGGACAGCGGUUAAAAAGCUACCCCCAUCGAUUGGAAAUCUAGUCGGGCUUCGAAAAUUAGACCUCACUAAGUGCAGUAUACAAGAAAUCCCUGAUGACCUCGUUUUCUUAACCUCAUUGAAGGAGUUGAAUCUGAAUGAUACCAAAAUUCAGAGCAUACCUGCAAGCAUCAAACAAGCAGCUUGGCUGUCUCGCCUACGCCUCAUCCGUUGCGAUAGCCUGAAAUCUUUACCAGAGCUCCCCCCCCUGCUGAAAAGUCUUGAAGUAGAAGGUUGCACAUCACUGAAGACAGUGUCAAGUUCAAGCACUGCACUCAUACAAUGUUGGGACGAAUAUAUAUUUUCUCCAGGGCUUCAUGAGAAACAUAUAUUUCCUAGUUGCCCAAAGUUGGAUCAGAAUGCACGAAGCAAUAUAAUGGCUGAUGCACAGCUCAGAAUUAUGAGAAUGGCAAUUGCGUCGUCAACGUUUAAAGAAGACAAAAUUGAAGAUGCAUCAUAUGAUUCAGAUGAUUCCAAUUAUGAAUAUGAACCAGAUAAUACAAAUGAAUCAGAGGGAAAGUUUCACAGGAGAUCUUUAGUUGCCAUUAAAUGUUCGGGGUAUGAAAUUCCAAAUUGGUUCAGCCAUCAAAGUGAGGGAUCUUCAAUAAAGAUUCAGCUUCCUCCUGAUUGGUUUAGCACAGAUUUCUUGGGUUUCGCUCUAUCUCUUGUUAUUGCAUUCGACAACUAUGAUGCUAAAUGGUAUUUGAAGAUCCGAUGCAAGUACAACUUCAAAACUAGUAAUGGUGAAAGCCAUGAAAUCAACGAUCCUUUGUAUUAUCCUUAUCCGUAUGGAGGCAGUUUCCAAGAUUCCCAUCAGGUGUUUGUAUGGUGGUAUGAUGUCUUUGAAGUUGUGAAGGGAGCUCAAAGGCCCACUGCAUUUUACAAACUUGUUACUGAGGCCUCUGUUGACUUCAACUUAGUGAGUAUUUUCAACGAGCCCUCUUUGGUGGAGGGAUUGGAGGUGGAAAAAUGUGGGAUCUGUUUGUUAUAUGCCCAAGAUGCUGAUAUCAUAAAGCAGAGGACUUUGUAGGUCAAGCGGUUUAUGAACUUUUAUCCUAAAUUCAAAUUUCUUUUUGAGGUGCAAUAUCAUUUUUAUUUGAGCCUUUGGCUGAGGAAGCUUAGGGAUGUAUUUCUUGUUUUAACCAUUCAGCCUCUCCAUCACCAA